AACAGUCAGCAUUCACACCUAUCAAACCAGACCACCAACAUGAAGGUCCUGUUUGUGUUUGCCGUGGUGCUGGCCCUGGCCACCGCCAGCGAUCUCCGUCGCUACGGAGGAGAGCAGGAGGAGGAGGAGGACAGCGACCACACCCCCUACCAGUUCAGCUACUCUGUCGACGACGAAGACACCGUGUUCUCCCAGAGUGAGGAGGGCGACGACGAGGGAGACGUCACCGGAGAGUACUCUGUCAACCUGCCCGACGGCCGCGUCCAGACAGUCAGGUACUUCGGCGACAACGAUGACGGCUACACGGCCGAGGUCAGCUACGAGGGCGAGGCCCAGUACCCCGAGGACCAGUCGUACCAGGCCGAGGAACACUCGGAUGUAGCGAAGAGCUGA